AUGAAUGUAAACAAGAAAAUCGGUCGCUUCAAGCAGUGGGCGGGGGAGCGCAUGGGAUCGGAAGCGAAAACUAAAGUCUCAGAUGACUUCAAGGCGCUGGAGAUGGAGAUGAACUUGAGACAUGAAGGAAUGGAGCGACUCCAGAAAUCAAUGACAUCCUAUGUGAAAGCGUUGUCCAAGCGCAAUGAAGGAGAUGAUAAGGAGAAGACUCUACCAGUUGGAUAUUUGGGUACAACUAUGGUGAACCAUGGAGAAGACUUUGAAAGCACCUCAGAAUUUGGACAGUGCCUUAUCAAUUUUGGACGGACAAACGAACGUAUCGCGAGGAUCCAGGAGACUUACAUCGCGAAUGCGACUACCAGCUGGCUGGAGUCGCUCGACCGGUCACUUGUCCAGAUGAAGGAAUAUCAGAAUGCGAGAAAGAAGCUGGAGGCCCGCCGGAUCGCAUAUGAUGCUUCCCUUACCAAGAUGCAAAAGGCGAAACGAGAGGACUUUAGGGUGGAAGAAGAGCUGCGGAGUCAAAAAGCAAAAUAUGAAGAGUCCACCGAAGACGUCUACAGGCGGAUGGAAGAUCUUAAAGAAGCUGAAGCUGAUAGCAUUGCUGAUUUGGGAGCAUUCUUGGACGCUGAACUCAACUAUUACGAUCAAUGCCGAGAGGUUCUUCUGCAACUCAAGGAUAACUGGCCAGCUGGCCAAACACAAUCGCAAGGCGGUUCAUCCAGACGACCUGGACGAAAUUGGUCAAAUACAGCACAUUCAUACCACGAUCGGUACGAAGCCGUGCAAGAAGAGCCUCCUACUCCAACUUCAGAGCAUCGGCUAGCCAUAAAAUCCAACCGAGCCGUUUCCAUGUAUAAGAAUGGAUCUCCACCCAGGGCUUAUUCCCCCGAUUCGCCCUACCAGCACCGACCAAACAUAGCCCGCACCUCAACAUUCGAAGGGCCCUCCCAGCUGAGGCGCGAUGAGUCGCCCGCCGUACCACACCGCAUGAGUCGCAUAGCAAGCGACAGUGCAGCCUUACGCAAUAAUAAUAGUAGCGGUAGUAAUCACCAUGGCCAACUGCACCUCCGAACCGCAAACAGACCUUACGACCACUACCUGGAGUCCCCAGACGAUGCAUCCUACGGCAAAGGCGGCGGCGGCAGCAGUCCUGAUCGGUACUUCACUGGAGGCCGUUCCGUAUCGCCCGCGACGUCAAAUGGCAGCGUCAUAUCCCGAGCUGCGAGUGUGACGGGCUUUCAUCAAGCUGGGGGGAGUACGAUUGGCAAAAAGGGCCCUCCCCCGCCUCCGCCGUCGCGGGCUAAGAAGCCACCUCCUCCUCCACCGCCGGCGGGAAAGAGACCCAUUGGUGCUGCUGCUCAUAUGUGA